AUGGGAAGCACCUUUGUCCUCCAUGGCGGGCGGCGGCGUGGCGGUGUGGAAGUGGGUGGUGGUGAGGCGGAUCUGCGACUGGCCGGCCCUCUUCCUCGCCGUUCCCCGUUUCCUGCCGGCUUCGAGGGUGACCAUGGCGACCAUGUCCGGCCUGACCACGACGGCCCCCUUCAGAAGUUCUGCGAGUUCUUGUGGUGUUCGCAUUCCAACUUACUCUGUCGUUCAUUCAGAGAUCUGCAUUUUAAAAGGAAAAUGUUACCAUCUGUAGCAUUCUUUGAAUAUGCUCGGUCAGAUCGUCUUGAAGCUAAGAGUGAUCAUCUCUACUUCUGCUUGGGUGCUUUUUCCGUCACUCUAUGAACCGUCUAUAUAUCAAUUUCAUUGACUAAGCUGUGUUCUUCUUCAGUUCUUUUUUGCCUUUAGUGUGUG